GGACAUUGUACAUACAUACACGAGAGUUUGGCCGAAAUGUAAUUUUCAAGAUUGAUUUUAUCUACCAAGAAAUCAAUCAAUACUUCCCGAAGCAUACAAAAAAUAGAAAAUUAUUGAGAGUCGGCUCUUUGGAUCCUAACAACACGUGAAAAAGAGCUAAAACACAAAGGACUUAAGAUGGCACAUGUGAAGGCAAAGCACACGCUUCACAGUGGAAUUUUUCACCCUUUAUUACGAAAAUGGCAAUCACCAAAUGUGGAGAUAACUGCAAAUAAUCUUAUGUACCCUAUUUUUGUACUAGAUGAUCCAAAUGGCAAAGAUCCAAUUGACAGUAUGCCUGGUGUUCAUCGCUAUGGCAUUAAUCAAAUAAAAAUAUUGUUGGAACCGUUAAUAGCAAAAGGUUUGCAGUCCAUAUUAUUGUUUGGUGUUCCAAAUAAAUUGGAAAAAGAUAAGAAUGCUACUAAUGCUGAUAGUAUGAAGAACCCUAUAAUUCAGGUUCUACCUUUACUAAGGAAGGAAUUUCCUCAUUUAAUAAUUGCGUGUGACGUAUGCCUAUGUGCUUACACUGAGCAUGGUCAUUGUGGAAUUCUGAACAGUGAUGGUACAAUAAACAACAAAGAAAGUAUCAAGCGUAUUGCAGAGGUUGCUGUUGCUUAUGCCAAAACAGGAGCCCAAAUCAUAGCACCAUCUGAUAUGAUGGAUGGUAGAAUAGGAUCUAUAAAGAGUGGUCUUGCUGCGGCUGGCUUAUCAAACAAAGUGGCUGUACUAUCAUAUGCCGUUAAAUUUGCAUCAGGAUUUUAUGGCCCGUUCAGAGAUGCCUCAAAGUCUGCUCCUCAAUUUGGAGAUAGACAGUGUUAUCAGUUACCACCAGGCAGUAAUGGAUUGGCUGCUAGAGCAGCGGCUCGCGAUGUUGAAGAAGGUGCCGAUAUGCUUAUGGUAAAACCAGGUCUUGCAUAUUUGGACGUAGUGCGACACACAAAAGACGCUCAUCCCGAAUACCCAAUGUUUGUCUAUCAAGUAUCUGGUGAAUAUGCAAUGCUUUACCAUGGAGCUCAGAAUGGUGCUAUAAAUUUGGAAAGCGUUUUGAAGGAAGUUUUACUAUCUAUGCGACGAGCUGGUGCUGAUUGUAUAAUAACGUAUUUUACACCGUUAAUCUUAGACAUGUUAAAACCAAAAUGUAAAUAUUAAUUUAGUGGACAUUUGCUAGAACUUAAUUUCCUAAAAUGCUGAAAAAAGUUCAAGGAGUCUAUAAUAGUUUCAUUAAUCAUUGGAACGUUUUUAAAUCACUCAACAAACUGAUUUAAAAAUUGGCGAUUCAUUUAUUGAUAAAGUUCAUUUAUUCCUUACUUUUGUGAAGGAAGAACUUCGACAGUAUAACGCAUAAUACAUUAUAUGUUUCUUGAAAUGAAUUUACAAUUAUCAUGGAUCAUUUGUACAUGGGAAUUGUAUAUAUUGAUGAAAGUUUUUAUAACGGAGAUCGGUAACAAAUAAGAGAUUACAUUUGAAGUUUAUACAUACAUUUACAUCAUGAAACUUUCCUAUUUAAAAGUAUUCAUUUAUAACGCUCGGGACUUACGGAAAACAGUUUCUAUAUACAAUACGCUAUGUAGAACAGCUAAUAAGAAUAAAUAAUGUAUUACAUACUACA